ACUUCACCUGUCGUACUCGAAUCGUCUCGUUCGCCCGUUCGGUGAUCGGUCGAAGUUCGAACGAAUGAAAUAAAACGAGCAAGCGGCGAGAAUGGCAUUUGUGCGUGAAAUUGUGUUAGUUUUUAUGUGAACAAGUGCAUUUUUCUCGAAAUAAAAAUUUCAGCCGGUAACCCUUCAAGUACCUGUUUAUUUAAAUUGAGUUUACAGUGUUUCUAUAAUAAUGUGUUGUUUUAAAUAAAGCGUUACUGUCUUAAAAAAUUAAGUGACUGGUUCGGGGUGGUAUCCUGGUUUUGUUUCGUGCCGUGCAAUAAUGGAGCUUCCCGCUAACGUUGGAAUUUAAAACAUCUGUGGCCGAACGGUAUGGAUGAGGGUCUACUAAAUGAUCUUCUGGAGUGCUCGGUGUGCUUGGAGCGGCUUGACACAUCCUCCCGAGUUCUGCCUUGCCAGCACACCUUCUGUUUGAAAUGUCUCAAGGUGAUAGUAGAGUCUCACAAGGAGCUGCGAUGUCCGGAAUGUCGUAUCCUCGUGGAGACGAAGGUGGAGGAGCUCCCACCGAACGUACUCCUCAUGAGGAUACUCGAGGGUAUGAAGAACUCCGCUCCGAGGAAAAUCAUCGGACAACGAGUUAGAAGUGGUCAUUCGCAGACUCAAUCACAAGUGCAGCCGUCACGUGCGGACGGCAAACAGCCUCCGCCACAUGCGAGAGCUAUGUACGAUUUUAUAUCAAACGAACUUGGUGACCUGUCAUUCAAGAAGGGCGAAACUAUAAUACUUCACAAGAAACUCGACCCUUUCUGGUAUCACGGCGAGUGUUCAGGCAGGAGCGGCAUGUUCCCUAUUACUUAUGUACAGGUUGUCGUACCCCUGCCAGUACCCACGGCGCUGUGUAAAGCACUUUACGACUUUCGAAUGUCAGCCCCGGACGAGGAGGGAUGCUUAGCCUUUGAUAAAGGCGCCAUAAUAACGGUGCAUCGACGAGUGGACGAGAAUUGGGCAGAAGGCAGACUCGACCAAAGGGUUGGAAUUUUUCCUAUCGCUUUCGUGGAACUCAACCAGGCGGCCAGACAUCUUAUGAACAGUGCGCCAUUAAAUCGUCCCGUCCCGCCAGUCCCCGAGCACGCGAGGGCGGGACACUCGGAGCACAGGCAACAGACUCAGCACCCGCAUAGAUACCAGCCGAUGUCUGUAUCGAGCCCGAAUUCGGGGCAAGGUCAAGGGAACUACCAAAACCUGGCCACUAUGAGCCAGUCCCACCCGAAUUACCACGCGACGCACGCGCAAAUACUCGUCCCGCAACCCGUCAGUCACCACGUGACCACCGUCGCGCACGGCGGUCUCGUCACCACUACCGCCGUACCCAGAAACAUGGAUCUCAUUGAAAAAAAGAACACAAAGGACUUCAUAAAACGCUUUAUUAAUUUAAAUAAUAAGAUAACAGUGACCGUUGGCAACGAUUACGACGAAAUAAGACAAUUUUUACACGUAUCGAAACCCGCCAACUUGAACUCGACGCCCGUGCACAGAGCGGACGCGACGUAUCAGAACGUGAGGACACACGAACACUUUCCAGUGCAGCCCACCUUCACUUCUAAUAAUAGUUCGGAUUCGAGUUCCAGUGUGAACACCCCCUCGGCCGGUGUCGUGGGAGGAAGCUCCACGACUACUCCUAAUACGAGUUCCAAUACGAGUACGUGCGAAAGCGCUGAACCCAGCCUUCCGAGUUCCCCCGAUAAUAACACCGAUCGGAAUUCGACCGUAACGCCUGGUAAUAACGCCCAAAAUCCACCUGAAAACGAAAAUCCAGAAACGCAAGAGUCAUUGCUUAAUGCUUCACUAGGAGUACUGAGUUUGAAUGAGAGUUCAACCGCUACGAAUACAUCUCUUAAUGUCAGCCUGCCACCUUCUGAGAGUCCAAAAUUAAAUGCAUCGGUUGCGAGUAACGCGUCACAGAAUAAUGUCGAAAGUCAGGAAAGUGCGAGCAACAAUGAGUUUUCUCGUCUGGAGGCGCCGUCCUCUUCGAAGAACGUCAUGCGGUCCAGCGGUCCCGACUCAUUGUUGAAUUUUGGUUUAGGCUUACAGGCGGCACUGUCGCCCUCCCAUAACAAAGAGGGCAAUUACAUGAUGACCAGAGGCCAUAGAGAUCAACAUCAUAGAGAAAGAGAGAAACGUCAUAGUUUGACUCCUUCGUCUCAUCUGCAAGGCAAUAACACGCAAAAUAGACAUUCAGCAGAAAUCCUAGCGACGAGUCUCCUGGACCACGCGAUGGACAGAGAUAGGGAAAGGCCGGAGAGGGAGAAAGAGAGACGAAGACGACGGUCUCGAAGUAACGAGCGACCGCUUCCCGCCGCGUACAUUGCACUUUAUCCUUAUAAGCCGCAGAAAUUAGACGAAUUGGAAUUGAAAAAAGGAGGCGUGUACACGGUGACGGAGCGCUGCCGCGACGGCUGGUACAAGGGCUGCUGCGAGCGGGCGGCGCGCGUCGGUGUGUUCCCCGGGAACUACGUGGCGCCGCUCGCGCCCCUCGCGCCCCUCGCGCCGCCGCCCGCGCGCGCGCGCCUCGACAAGAAUGUAUCAAACGCAUUAGUGAACGUGAAGCCAGCGACGGGAACUACGUCGAAUACUUCUAAUACGAGCAACACACUCGCCCCACCGGAUGCUCCGCCCAGAGCCAGUAGUCCUGUAACAUCUGUUCAACCAUUAACAUAUCCUUGGAGUUCUGUACAGCCACAACAGAGUACGCCACGUUCCGAAAAGUCAAAAGAAAAAUGUAAAUCGGAGAAGGGUUCGAUAUCGACGGGGGUGAGCCUGAUGAAGCGGCUGGCGGCGAUGAAGAAGUGCAAGUCCCCGCCGCCGGCCGGCUACAGCAUGGACAACCCCGUGUUCGAGGACGGGCCCGGCACGUCGCUCAUGCUGCCCGCGCACGCGCACCCGCACCCCGUGCACGUGCGGUCGGGCUCGUGUCCGUCGCAGCUGCUGCGCGCGCCGCCCGCCGCGCCGCCCGCCGCGCGCGCCGCGCCCGCGCCCCGCGACCCGCGCGCGCACAGAGGCUCGGGCGCGGCGGAGUGGGCGGGGCACCGCAAGUCGGCGUCGCUCGACGUGUCGGCGCGCCGCGAGCGCCACGCGCCGCCGCUCAAGGAGAGAUUCCGCUGCAUAGUCCCGUACCCCCCGAAUUCGGAGUACGAGCUCGAACUGAGAGUGGACGACAUCGUUGUCGUUUGUAAGAAGCGAGGAGACGGAUGGUAUAAAGGUACGCUCCAGCGCACCGGCCGUACCGGUCUCUUUCCGGCCUCCUUCGUGCAGAGCUGCCCUCCAGAUUGACGAUAGCGCACCUGUGUACGAUUAGGUAAGCGUACAUUGUACGACUCGCGAGUGACAGACAUUGUGAGUUACACGUACAGAUGAUUGACACGUACUUUACGAUUAACUUGUACAUUCAAAUAGUCUUUAUUAUAGACAAAGUGUAAAACUGAUUACUUUUUAGCUAAAAGUUUUAAUAAAAAAAAACAUACUAACUGGAUUUGAAAAUAAAAUUUCAAAUGAUUUGUUAAAGGGUUGUGUUAUAGAAUAUACCAGGAGAGAUAACGGAUGAAGUUCGUAAAAGUGAUUGUGUGAUCAAAUUAUUAAAUAAAAUACAUCGCUGACCGAAAAAAUGAUAGAAUUAGAGCAACAUAAGAAGUAACAAGUUAAUAUAAAAUUAGUAAAAAAUAACGAAAUCUGCCAUUAUUAGAGAAAUUGAUUUAGUAUUCCUAAAUUAUAUAUAGAAAAAUCUUUAGAUUAUUUACGUUUUAUUUAAGUUUUUAAGGACGUCCAAAAAGAAUCUUCAUGCUUUUAAAACUUUGUUAUAAUAUUUUUUUAUAACUGGUAAUUUUUAAUGUGUUAAUUUAUGUUCUAAAUUUAAACCUAUUUAGAAAUCUUGAACAUAAUGGCAGCACAGAUUAUGACAUUCAUUCAAAUAUUCAUGUUUCCUAAAUUAUUUUAAUUUAGAUAUAACAUCUAUACAAACUAAAUCAUUAAAAAACAACAACAAUAAUUAUCCUCUUAUAUUGUUUAUACUUAUUGAAAAAUGCAAUAAUGACUUAAAAUAGAUUAAAAAAAAUAGUUAUCAAUAUAUUAUUGAUUGUGUCGGUAUCUAUAUACAGUCCGUUCCACGAGACGAACUCCCUCAAGUUCAAAUACUCGCACCUGGUUGGUCGAUGCGCGCAGCCAGAGAUAAGCUAGACGAAUCGGGUAUGUAAGUCGAUACUAAGAAAUCAUUUGGCUUAUGAUAUACCCAAUGAGCGCACAGGGGCCUUUACCUUUAAGAACUCUUGGAAUGGACUUUAGUAAUAGUAUUUUUAAUCUCUAACCAUAGAACUACAUCUAGUAGUAUAGACAAAAAAUUGUCUGAAAUUUUACCCAACGGUUAAUAACACAAUUUAUAUUUUUAAAUAGAUAUUUUUCAAUACAUAGAUACUAUUGUAGGUAAGUGAUUUAUAGAUAGUGUACUCGUGAAAGUUUUUAGACGAUUUUUAAAUUGAAUUUAUUUUUAUAGAAUCGAUACGCUUAUUACGUUAGUUUUUUUUUUUCUUUUUAAGAUUUACCUGUGUUCCGAUAUAAAAAAAAACAAAACUUUUGGAAACUUAAACCCUAAUAAGUAAUUAUUAAAAUGUUCAUUGUUAUAAAAUUAGAAAUUUCUUUAGACACAUAAAAUGAAUAUUUUCACUUAACAAAUAUAUUAAUGUAACUGAUAAUUCUAAACGAACCUAAAACCGGAAUACAGGUUAAAAUUUCGUUACUUUAAACACUGCCAUACUAAUAAUUCGUUACGGUUUCUCGGAGAGUUUUCCCAUUUUAUAUAAUUAUAUUUAUUAUUAAUUAUAUUAUGUCUUAUACUAUAUUCCAUGGGCAGGGGGGUAAAAUUAAACAAACCUUAAUAUUCUCUGAUAUAUUAUGCAAUACAAACAGUUCUCGAUUAAUAUCACUUUAUUCAUAACACACAACUAUUCCACUUAAAUACUAAUAUAUACUUUGGUUUUAUUUCCAUAGUUUUGCAAACAACUAUUUUUCGCUAUAAUUAGCUAAUAAUUAAUACUAAUGUAUUGCGUGUCUAUUCCAAUCUGAGAAAGAAUAUUCAUGCGGGUUCUUAAUGGCUACUUAUAUAAAAGUUUCUAUAACAGCUUUGUUGAUGUUCAAUUCGCCAUUUUUAGUUCAAUCCAUAAUUAAUUUCAUAGAUUCUAGCGAUCGACCAAUGAUAUCCCGUCAAUUCGAUGUGAAAGAUUGUUUAUUUGGCUCUUGUCCUCUUGUGAUUGGACUAUUCCAAUAGUUGCAGCAGUAAAUUACUCAUUUAAAUUUCGACAUGUCAUCUCAAUUCAAGGUCAUAGUUGUUGAUUUCUUAACUCCUGCCAUUGGAAUCUAUAAGCAUUGUAUAAAAAAAGAGAUUUAAAAAUCUGUUACAUUUAUCACUGGUAACGAUAAUUUUAAAUUAAUAUUCUAUCGUUUUUUUUUAACGAAUUAAAUAUACUAAGAUUAUUCGUUUAGUUUUUUUUUUUUUAAUUUUAUGUUAAUGAUUUAUUAGAUAAUAUGUAUCUAUAAUUAGGUAACCUUAAUGUAAUCUUUAGUUUAUAUUUUAUAAUGUAGGAUAAGAAUUUAUAUGUAGUUUUUACUUUUUAUUUAUUAUCUGUAUGUAUACAUUGUUUCGGACGACCUUUUAAAUAAAUAAAUGAAAAAUUUAUCAGCGACAUUUCGAUUAAUUUAUUUCUAAAAAUAUACUUAUUGUAUUUUUUAUAUUCAUGGUAAAAGUCGUCUCUAUUAAAAUAUAUCUUUUAUAUUAACAAAAGCUCAAAAUUUUCAUUAUAUCGAUGUUUUCAAUGUAAAUGUUAAUGUGUUUCUAUUUCUAAGCAUCUUUAUCGAUCAUUAGUAUUUAUUACCUAUUUAUAGAUUUUUUUACUAUUUCUAGUGCUGUUUUAUACUAGAAUUUGAAAUCUUCCUAAAUUGAAUUUUUAAUGGAUUUUAAUCGCAUUUUAUAUUUCAUUGCAGAACGGAAGAGUGCAUGAUGUUGUAAGAACCGUCAGGUUAAAUCAAUAUGUGAGAUAUUAUUAUUUAAAUUCAAAUGUUGUCAAAUGAAUGUUCUAGACUUAUAAUAUUUUUUUUAUAUUAUGGAUAACAUGGUGAAUGAAUGAAAUCAAACGGUAAUAAUCCUAAAUUAUGGCAAUUAAAAUCCAUUACAUAGAUUUCCUUCGACAUUUCGGUUAUUAAAAAAGAACUGAUAUUAUUUUAAGUAUUUAUUAGAAAGUGUUUUCUUAACUAUUAAGACCUUCUUUGUUAUUUUACUCAUAUAUACACAACGAAUUUUUUAACAUAUAUAUCUUUUAACUGUGAAUAUUUGUACAUUUUAUAUUUUCCGACUACGAUUACCCCCGCCAUUUUGUAGUGUGCUUGUUCUUUCCAAAUUCAAAAAUGAAAUAAUGUUUUCGCGUGAACCGCGAAGGAGUUUUUAGAAAAAAGUUUUUAAUGAAAAUUGUAACUAGGAUGAGUGCAUGUUCACAAAUUUUACGUACACGUUAUUUAGAAAAAUAUAUUUAACACCACUGUUUGUGAUGCAAAAUUGUAUAUCGAAAUUUAUAUUUGUUUUAAAUUUAAUAGUUAAAUGAAAAAAGAUAUCCAAUUGAAUUUUAGAUCAUUUAAUAUCAAUGUGUAUUGGGAGUCAAAUAGUUGAAUAGGUAGUUGGAAAAUAUUCUUUAUCAACGGUUAAUGUAACGAGGAUUUUGUUCAGUACUUCGCUUGUAUUGUAAGGUAAGAACAUCAUAUCGAGGAGAUGAUUUAGGUAACUAUGGAGAGAAAUAAAGAUUUCUUCUUAAA